UUAAGGUUUUAAACUGAAUUUAAAAUUACAGAUGAUCGGAUAGUAACUUUAAGUAUCCAAAACUUUCUUUAAACUUGUAAAAACAUCUUUUAAACGGAUUUGAAACCACUAUACGAAAAAGUUCAACUUUGGCAAAAAAACUGCAAGUUUUAAGACCUAUUCUGUUGGAAUAGACAUUUUAGUUAGAUAGAACUGAAAUGGCGGCCAGCGGUGGGAAAACGUAUGACUACCUGUUCAAGUUAUUGCUUAUUGGUGACAGUGGAGUUGGAAAAACCUGCGUUUUGUUUCGUUUUUCAGAAGACCACUUCAAUUCAACGUUUAUUUCCACCAUAGGCAUUGAUUUCAAAAUAAGGACAAUAGACUUGGAUGGAAAGAAAGUCAAACUUCAAAUAUGGGAUACUGCAGGGCAGGAAAGAUUUCGAACAAUUACUACUGCAUAUUAUAGAGGGGCGAUGGGCAUUAUGCUUGUGUAUGACAUCACAAAUGAUAAGUCAUUUGAAAAUAUAAAGAACUGGAUUAGAAACAUUGAAGAGCAUGCAUCUUCUGACAACAAGCGCUAAGCAGAGUCUUAAUGUGGAAGAGGCGUUUUUUACUUUAGCAAGAGAUAUCAAGGCGAAGAUGGAUAACAAAAUGGCGGAUUCUUCCCACCCUAACAUGACAACCAUUCAUGUAAAAUCCAGCGAUAAAAAAAGUGGAUUUUUCAACCGAUUUUGCGCAAUUUUGUGAUACAGUAGAACAGAGCUAUAACGUAAAGGCAAUGCUUCAGCUAUGAGAUUAUAAGCCAUCUUGGUGUAGGACUCUUCUUGUCAAAAUAUGGACCAUACUGCAAUAUUUUAUCAUAGGUUUCGUACAAUUAGUGAUGUUUUGAUGUUAUAACAUCUCAACUUAACCUAAAUAAGCAUUGAUAUGCUUUUACAAAACCUGGUAAAACCCUGCUACAAAGUUAUUUGUCAUCUUUAAAUUUUGUAAUAAGCCUAAAAUUGGCUGCAAAGCAAAAUUCUGUUGCAUGAGCACCUCUGCGGUACAUUACAUAUACACCGCAAUUCUAUAUUUCUCAUUCAUUUUUUCCAUUUCUGAUCUUGUACAUAAAAAAGAUUUAAAACAUUUUUAUUUUACUUAAGUUCACAUUGAACUGAAAGAAUAAAUGUAUCUACACAUUUACAACUAAUUGCGUUCAAAACUGGUGAGGUCUUUACCUAAAAAUACCUUUAUUUAUUGUAAUAUUAUUUGGCAUGGAACUAGGGCCUUAAAGGUAUGGCUCCCAAACUUCUGUUUGCCCCCAACCCCUUUUAAUCUCCUAAUAUUUGCGCGUCCUUAAUAUUUAUAUGCAGUACUGGAAAGUCGGUAUACUUUCAGCCGCCCCCAGUUUUUAAGGCCAAUCUACUAAAACAAAGGAAAUAUCGGCCAAAACUUAAUUAUAGGGACCCAAAAGAUAUAAACAAAUAUUUUAAUUGUCCUGUAAAAUGACAUGUGCAGUGUGGCUAGUAACAACAAAGUGCUAUGUCUUACCCCCUAUUACCCCAACGCCCAACUAACUAGCCUAACGCCUUUGAUUGCUAAAUAUAUUCAAAAUACUUUUGCCUCGCGUAUGUAUUUUUUUGCCCAUUACAACAAAACGUAAAAAAUACUACACCAAAUCUUUACAUAAAACCAAUAAACCUAAGUAUUAUUACCAGCUUAACUUAUUAUUUUAAAUUUUUGCAACUGUUUAGUCUUAAAUUUUUAAUCAAUUUUCUGUUACAUUUUAGUCAUCUUGACAUUCAUAUUUUUGGCAAAUACUGGUAAAAUUUUGGUUAAAAUGCCAUAACAGUAUUCUAUUUAACUUUGGUAUACAGAAGAAUGCCGUUUGCAUUUUAGGUCAAAUGGCAUAUUAUUUUAAUAGUUUCUGAUAAAAAAUGUAACAUAACCUAUCCUGACAAUCUUUGAUACAGCAUAAAAUAUAUAGCGCUAAAUGUAUUCGCAUUUCAUGCUGAAAAUAAAUAAAAAUAUUACUUGUCAUUGUGAA